GCUCCGGCGGCCGCUGACGCACCGUCGGAAAGUUGCGCUCCGACCUUUUUCUUCGCGGUACUCCUGUGGAGUUUGAGCCCGGCCCGGAGGACCUGGGCCGAGAGCUGGGAGCGGCGUCCAGCCGGGGCGCGGAACACGGUGCUCCGGACGGGGUGAGGAGCCGCCUCUGCCUUCCUCGCCGCGCCUUGGCGUGGGUGGCGGCUCUGGGGGCCCGCGUCCCCCGGGGCUGUGACAUAAACUUUCUGGGCUGUUCGGAGACGCUGGUCCGGCGAGUCCCACACAGCGCGGUGAGGAGGAGCCGCGACGCUCCCAGGUUUCCAACGGAGCCAAAUGUUGGAGCCGUCUUUACUGCUCCUGUGAAGAGUGAAGUGAGCAAAUACAUCCCAGUGGUAGGCUUUUGAAGAGAGCAAUUACAGAUACUUAAAAUGGAAAUCACUGGAUUCAACUGAUUCUCCUUGGUCUCACAGGCUGUACAAGUCACCAUUUGCUGACUGUUUCUAGAUGUCUUCCCUAGUAAGAGCUGAUGUGCACCCUUUUAGGCACUGCUUGGUUGGGGGCAACUUGUAAGGAUUUGCUGCCCAUUCUGGAGAAAACACACUUUUCUUGGGUAAGAACAUUUUAAAGGCAUCUGGUAUCAAAUCAACAGCAUUGUGGCCUUUAAUGGGAUUUGAGGCAUUGAGAAGUGGUUUGAUUGGUUUCAGAAGGUGACAAUGAAAUGUUGAAGAAGUUACAUUUCUAAUAUGAUUCCUGAAAGUUAGUGACUACUUACAAAAUUUUCAUGAAAAUUAAAUAUGACUUAGAAGCAUUGAUGGUCUAUGAUGUCAUCGGUUUCGACAGAAAGCAAACUCCAGCAGGCUAUGAGCCUGCAGGGAGUUGACCCAGAAACAUGCAUGAUUGUAUUUAAAAACCACUGGGCACAGGUUGUAAAAAUCUUAGAGAAGCACGACCCCUUGAAGAACACCCAGGCAAAAUAUGGGUCCAUCCCUCCAGAUGAGGCCAGUGCUGUGCAGAAUUACGUAGAACAUAUGCUCUUCCUGCUAAUUGAAGAGCAAGCCAAGGAUGCUGCAAUGGGGCCAAUUCUGGAAUUUGUGGUCUCCGAGAACAUCAUGGAGAAGCUCUUCCUUUGGAGCUUGAGACGGGAAUUUACUGACGAGACUAAAAUUGAGCAGCUGAAGAUGUAUGAGAUGUUGGUUACUCAGUCACACCAGCCUCUGCUGCACCACAAGCCCAUUCUGAAGCCCCUGAUGAUGCUGCUGAGCUCCUGUUCGGGAACGACCACCCCAGCCGUGGAGGGGAAGCUGGUUGUCCUGCUCAAUCAGCUUUGUUCCAUCCUUGCCAAAGAUCCCUCCAUUCUGGAACUCUUCUUCCACACUAGUGAGGACCAGGGGGCUGCCAACUUCCUCAUCUUCUCCCUUCUGAUUCCCUUCAUUCAUCGAGAGGGGGCAGUAGGCCAGCAGGCUCGGGAUGCCUUGCUGUUCAUCAUGUCUCUCUCUGCUGAGAACAGUAUGGUGGCUGAUCACAUUGUGGAGAACACCUACUUUUGUCCGGUACUUGCAACUGGGCUCAGUGGUCUCUACUCUUCAUUGCCUACGAAGCUAGAAGAAAAAGGCGAGGAAUGGCAUUGCCUUCUGAAAGAUGACUGGCUCCUACUGCCUUCUCUCGUCCAGUUCAUGAACUCCUUGGAGUUUUGCAAUGCAGUCAUCCAGGUGGCUCAUCCCCUGAUUCGAAAUCAGCUUGUCAAUUACAUUUACAAUGGAUUCUUGGUACCUGUCUUGGCUCCUGCUCUUCAUAAGGUGACUGUGGAGGAGGUCAUGACCACAACUGCGUAUCUGGACCUUUUCCUGCGUAGCAUCUCUGAGCCAGCUCUACUUGAGAUCUUCCUCCGCUUUAUCCUAUUGCACCAGCAUGAGAAUGUCCACAUUCUAGACACUCUCACAAGCCGAAUCAACACCCCAUUUCGGCUUUGUGUGGUGUCCCUGGCAUUAUUCAGAACUCUCAUUGGUUUACAUUGUGAAGAUGUGAUGUUACAACUGGUUCUAAGGUAUCUGAUCCCCUGCCAUCACAUGAUGCUGAGUCAAAGGCGCGCCUUGAAGGAGAGGGACUGUUACUCUGUUUCUGCUGCCAAGCUGCUCGCCCUGACCCCUGUCUGCUGCUCCAGCGGGAUCACCCUGACGCUUGGGAACCAAGAGAGGGAUUAUAUCCUGUGGUCAAAGUGUACACAGGAUGGUUCAGGAGCCGUGGAGCAGCAGCUCCCUGAGGAGUUCUCCCCAUCAGCCUGCAUCGUGGAGUACGGGAAAGCCCUGGACAUCAGCUACCUGCAGUACCUCUGGGAGGCCCACACCAACAUCCUUCACUGCAUGAGAGACUGCCGCGUCUGGUCUGCCCUCUAUGACGGAGACUCCCCGGACCCUGAGAUGUUUCUCCAGAGUCUGACGGAGGACGGUGGCGCUGCUCCAUCCUACCCUACAUUCAGAAUCCCCCAGCAGCUCCCCAGAAAGACCGGGCCGCCGCUGGCUCCGAGAAAGGACAAGGGCCAGACAGAGCUGGAAUGGGAUGACAGCUAUGACACUGGGAUCUCUUCGGGGGCUGACGUGGGCUCCCCUGGGCCUUAUGAUGAUGUGGAGACAGCAGGCCCCCCUGCGCCUGUCGAGCCCCCCAAGCACAUCCAGGAGAUGAAGAGGAACGCUAUCCUGCUCUUCAAAGGGUCCUACAUCGAAGAGUCGGACUUUCAGGACGAUGUGAUGGUGUACAGGCUGUGCGCCGAGAAGGAUUCUGAGGAUGCAAGCAGUCCGCGGGAGGAAACCACAAGGCCGCCCGCCGUAGCCCAGCCCCAGCUUCAGAGUGCACCCCUCAACAACGGCCCCCUCUCCAGCCCCCAGCCAGAGACGGAUCCCGAGGAGGAUGGCCCCAGGGACAGCACAGACCUGCCUCAAAGUGCGUCCUCAGAACCAGAGCGAGAGGAGGGGCCCGCAGGAGCCCCAGCCUCAGAGUUCGCACCCCCCGACUCUGAGGCAGAGCACAGUUCCAGCCUGGCACCUGCUAGCCCAGAGCGCGAAGAUUUCAUUGCCCAGUACGACCAGAUCAUCCGAGAGCUGGAUUCCGGCGCCGAGGGCUUGUUGGAAGAGCAUUUCCCCACGCCCGACCCUUUGCUUCUCCCAGAAGAGGAGCUUGGGAAGGAAGCCGGGAGCACCGAGGAGAAGCAGGAGCAGGAGGAGGAGGGGAAGAGGGAGCCGGAAGAGGAGGAGGACGACUUUGACUCCUUCAUAGCGGAAAGCCCUGCCGUGGAGACCGUGCCUUCCCCUUUUGGGGUGCGAGAUGAGGCCGCCCUAGCUGGUCGACAACCCGUGAGGACUCAGAGCACCCCAUUCACAGGUCCAUUCAUGAGUGUGGUCCUGUCAAAGCUGGAGAACAUGCUGGAGAACUCUCUGCAUGUUAAUUUGCUGCUCAUCGGGAUCAUUACUCAGCUGGCCAGCUACCCCCAGCCGCUCCUCCGCUCCUUUCUGCUCAACACCAACAUGGUCUUCCAGCCCAGCGUCCGCUCGCUCUACCAGGUCCUUGCAUCUGUGAAAAACAAGAUUGAACAGUUUGCUUCUGUGGAGAGAGACUUCCCAGGACUCCUCCUGCAAGCCCAGCAAUACCUGCUCUUCCGAGUGGACAUGUCAGAUCUGACCCCGGAAGCACUAACCAAAGAUCCCAUUCAGGAAGCUUCCAGGACAGGAAGUGCCAAGACCCUGUUGGAUGGCCCUCCGAGAGUGCUCCAGCCCUUCCUGACAACCAGAGCCAAGGUGGCCGGGGCGCCCCCGCACCUGCCCCUGGCAGUGAGGAACCCCAUGCUGGCAGCAGCCCUCUUCCCCGAGUUCCUGAAGGAGCUAGCUGCCUUGGCCCAGGAGCACUCCAUUCUGUGCUGCAGGCCCCUGGGGGACUUCGAGGACUCCUCCUGGUAGUGUUUUGUUUUUAAAGUAGACAUUCUUGUUUUAUAAGGUUUUAGCAUCUGGACUGAAUGUUAAAUGCGAAGCUGCUUACAAAACUUUCUACUUUGAUGUUUCCUGGCAAUACUUGAUUGUGGGAGGGGCAUCUUCCGAGUGUCUCCCCUCUCCCUGGGUGGUCUUCCCACCUUACCUUACGCAGACUGUGUGCCCCAUAAGCCGCUUGUGGCCUUGGCAGGUUUCGUACGUGCAGCUCUUCCUCCUCACAUUGUCCAGUUACGACUCACUCGCUCAGCUCACACCAGGCAAAUACUGGGGUGCAGGAUUUUCGAGUACCCCGCCGUGCUGGAGGGGGCUCACCCCUGCGGGGGCACACCAGCUCCUGCUGCCUUCUGCAUUUUGGUGUCCACUUUGUAAUAGGGAAGACUAAUGCUGGAGCCCCCCUUGCCUCCCUCAAACAAGCACAACGUAGCGCAGGUCCUUCUGAAAGCGACUUCUACGUGCGUGCUGCCCAACACGUGUUGCCUUAUGGGGUGGGAAAACCCAGUGGCCUCCGCGCUCUGCCUGGGAAGUCAGAUGCAGCAGGAGCGCGCUGGAAUGCAGGGAAUCCUGGGUGCUGGAGACAUUGCUCUCCUCGGCACACCGCCACCCACACCCCGGAGGUAGCCUUAUCUCAGUGAGAUGUGCACAAGAUGACGUUUACCUAUGCAAACUGUUACUCUGGGUUUCGGGUGCUGGAUCAGAUGAAAGUGUGGAAUCAUGUACUUAUGCAAAAAAGCAACCUUCAUUCAUUUUUAGUGUUUUUUGAAAUCAGACACGAGCCUGUGGAGCUCUCUCAUGGUGCGUUGUUCAGGGGAUGCGUGGAGUGGGGGAGGUCAGCUGAAAGCACCCUGUCCAAACACCGGUAGUUACUCUGAACUGUUUGCUUCUGCUAAGGUCUUGUGCUCUGCUCUGUGCAGAAACAGGAGCCAGGCAGCUGGGAUGUAACUGCAGAGGGCACAGGGAGCCCCGCAGAGCCAAGUGCCUGCCGCCGCCUGCCUCCACCCGGAGACGCAGACGCUGCCUUCUGAGUAACGGGCUUCAUUAGAGGCCCCAACGUGAUGCAUUAGUGCCUCUGCUGCCGCUCAGCCCGCUCCGAGAGGCGGAAUUAUGUUUAGAGCCACGGCUGCCUUAAACCACCACCAAGAGGGGAAAUGCACAACAAAACUGUGCACUAGAAAUAAGACCCAGAAAUGUGUGUGUGGAGAUGAGAGCCCACUCUGCUCUGUUUGGGUCCCGUGCUGCAGGCGCGAGGCAAGAGAGGUGGAGGGGCCUGUGUGUUUGCAGGCAGUUGGAAAGCCUGUCUCUCUCUCUCUCUCUCCCCCCACCCCCCUGCUCUCUCCUGGGUGUCUCUGCUGGGCCCCAAGGGCAGCCGUAGGUCUGAUGCUCCUGCCUCAGGAGCACGGGUCUGGCAUCAGUCGGGGCCUUGGUGCAGAGGGGGAUGGAGGCUCACCUCUGAGCCACUGCAGAGAACAGCAGCCCUUUUAUGUUCCAGGGCUCUCGAAGGGGCUUUGUCCUGAGACAGAUUGAAAUGAAGGCGCCAGGAGACCUGGCGUGAGCUGAGGGAGCCCUUAGGAGCCAGCCUGCAGGAAACCAAGGUACCUUGAGCUGUGGUUUGCCCAGCUGUAGUGAAGAGGUGAGGAUGUAGGUGGCCUGGCCAUCUGGCCUGCUGCUGGAGUCCAGUAGAACCCAAGGUAUACAGAGAUGGGAUUUAAGCUGUAAUUUAUUAUCCUCUUUAUUUUGCACAAAUAUUUAUCCUGUUUGGGCUUUACCAGGUCACAAAAUGCUAAAGCCACAUCUAGAAACUGUAUUCUUUAGCUGUUGGGUUUGAUUGGCAGCUCUCUCCAUUAUUUGCUGGUGGUAUUGAGCUCUCUGCAAUGCCUUUCUUUUAUUACGGAAUACCACAUCCCCUUUGUAGAAAGAAGGUGGCCUUUGGGAAAGAGCUUGUUUUUUUGACUUUUAUAUAUGUAUAAUAAAAGUUAAAUAAAUAAAUAUGUUUCCCCCCCGAGUAGGUGCUGGAGUCACCCUGCUUUAAAGGAAGGCAGUAGAGACGGUAUCGGGUGAAGGCAGCACACGGGACCGCCCAUGGCGGGGUGCCAGUAGCAAGCUCAUACGCUGGCCCUCUCAAGCUGCCCACUGGGAUUUGGAAACUGAUUCCUGUUUCUGAGCCCAUCACGGUCUGCCUCCAGAGGACUGGGCUCAUGGUUUUACAAAAAUGAAGUCAGAAAAUUCACCUGCUGAUUGACUGUGGCCUCACCAAAAGAAAGUAUAGAGACCCAGGGCUCCCACUAGGAGAGAGGCAAACCCUGCAAGAUUUGGAGGUGUGAAGGCUGAUCUAGGUAGAUAUGAUGGUACAUACAGCUGGCGAGUGGCGGUGGGAAGAAAAUCAUGGUUGUGAAGUGGACUAUUCCAGCUCUACACAGGUGAGGCCUUCAGAAAUCUUUUAAUGUUGAAUUUGGGAGAAAUGUUUAAAAGAAACUCAGCAUGCUUAAAAAUGUGGUCUGAGAGCGGGCCCUUUGCUGUGUGACAGCUGUGGUGCCACUUACUUGCUGGGACAACACAGGGAAGACAGUGGAUGCACAGCCUGUGGGGCAGGCCCUGCGCUGGCGUCACUGUGUAGAUCCAGGUUCUCACAGGGAAGGGGAGUCGAGGGUUCCUGCAGCAUCAAGUUAACCUCAACUCAUAAUUCAGGGCCUAAUCUCAAGUUCCAGACCGAGUGGGUUUUGUGGUUCAAAAUAUGAGCACACUGGGAUACUUAAAAUUGAUUUUUUGAAAAUGGCUGUCAGUAAGUGUUUUUACCAAAGUUUUAAAAUAUUUGUGUGUGUGAGAGGCAGGGAAACCCCCAAUGGGUGGUUUACUUGCCAAAUGCCUGCCAAGGCCAGGAGCUUCCGGGGGGCA